AUGGAUGAGAAUGAGCAGAGCGCGAGAGAUGCGGAGCGGCAAGUGGAAGCGGACGAGUCCAACAGAGCUAUCCGUCCCCUUCUGCAACCACCAGGGAACCAGCUCCCCCACCGAAUCACCAACUUCUUCAUUGACAAUAUCUUACGACCGGACUUCGGCCGUAGGAAAGAAGGGAGCAUUACGCGCGAUGAAGGUAACCUCAGAGCAAGAGAGAAUCACAGCCCGACGGCUCCGGGAGCAGGACAAGUGGGAAGCACUGUGCCAACUGAAGGGACUUCCACUCCACAUCCAGGCAACGAAGGGAGGAAGGAAGAGAUAGCGACCGAGACGCCCCUGAAGCCCCGGGGGGAGAACGGGGAUCAGUGCCUCAGUUCAGAUUCGGAUAGUUCUCAAGCUAACUCAAACGCGCCCGCUAACCAGCCAAUGCUGUGGCCGGCCUGGGUUUACUGCACGCGCUACUCGGACAGGCCCUCAUCAGGUCCUAGAUCUCGUAAACCAAAGAAGAAAAGCCCCAGCAAGGAGGACAAGCGACCACGUACGGCCUUUACAGCGGAGCAGCUCCAGAGACUGAAGGCCGAGUUCCAGACCAACCGCUACCUGACGGAGCAACGGCGGCAGAGUUUGGCACAGGAACUCGGCCUUAACGAAUCUCAAAUCAAAAUCUGGUUCCAGAACAAGCGGGCCAAAAUUAAAAAAGCCAGUGGUAGUAAGAACAUACUGGCCUUACACCUGAUGGCGCAGGGAUUGUACAACCAUUCUACCACGUCCACGUCAAAAGAGGAUAAAUCUGACAGCGACUGA